AUGUCUUACCAGGGAGAGAACAUCUACCUAACAGGUCAUUGUUUUAGGUACAUAACUAAAGAAGACGUUGCUGCAGCCUCGAUGGACAAGGUGAAGAAUGCGGGGGGCCAUGUCCGCCUGAUCACCAAGGAGGCUGGGCCGCAGGACACUUCUACAAAGGAGUGUCUUGAAGAUGGAGCCUCUGUCCCACCUCCGACUCCCUGCCUAGCGCAAGCUGGUCUCGCUGUGAAGCCGCCUGCGUCCAGAGGCUACCUGCAAGCUGUGGACAGUGAAGGACACCCACUGUACCUCCGCUGUCAGCAGCCCACGGGCCGAACGAAGCAAGAGUGCAAAGCGAACGCUUGGGACUCACGGUUUUGCUCUCUGAACUGUCAGGAGGAGUUUCGGAUUCGUUCUAACAACAGUUACCUGCGAGCCAAAGUAUUUGAAAUUGAACAUGGUGUGUGUCAGCUGUGUCAUCUGAACGCACAAGAGCUCUUUUUACGUCUGAGAGACGCUCCUAAAAGUCAGCGGAAGAGUCUUCUGGAUGCUGCCUGGACCUCACAGCUCCCUCUAGAUCAGCUUAACGAAAUGGUCAGAGCCCCCGGGGAAGGGCACUUCUGGCAGGUGGACCACAUCCGGCCGGUGUUCGGAGGAGGAGGACAGUGCUCCCUGGACAACCUGCAGACUCUCUGCACAGUCUGUCACAGAGAGAGAACUGCCAGGCAAGCCAAGGAAAGAAGCCAGGUGAGGAGACAGUCUCUGGCGGCAAAGCAUGGAUCCGACAUCACGCGGUUCUUGGUGAAGAAAUGAAGUUUAACAAACUUUGAAUGGAUGACAGAUGGCUUACCUGUGGAGGGAUUUAACUCGUUUUUUUCAUGUUUGUCUAAUAUUUUAAGAGUGAAAUUUUUUAGAAAGUCAAGACUUCAACUUCCCUUUUCAUAUUAAAUGCUUUUAUCGUUCAAUACCUUUUUAAAGUACCUAACAGAAAUCCUGAGGUGCAGUACUGUUUCUGUGACCUUGAUUUCAUGCAGACUCUCAAUUGUGUUUCCAUAAGGUUUUGUUAAGCUUUCAUUUCCUACUACUACCUUAAUCAUGGUGUUAGGCAUGGGUUGUACUUAAAAAAUAUAUUCUCAAUGACUUGCAAAAUGCUGCUGGGUUGGGAUUGUUUCAGGGCUGCUGAGCGCAUAGAAUGGGGCAUCGCAAGACCAUAAGGGAAGUUUUGGGAGCAAAUCCUCAUUAUUCAGGAAUCCUGGGCAAAGCGUGACCAGCCUGCUUAGUAUGCAAGAGAGACUCUGUUCACUAAAUCCUCCAAAAUGGGCUUGGGGUACACAUUCUGAGUGUUUUCUCUUUUAUUUCUUAGCCAGUUGUCUUUAUUAAAGUGAUGCUUUUUUAAAAAACCAACUAAUUGGACCUAUAGUGUUUGUGGACA